AUGAUUGUACUGAGGGAACAAACAGGCUUCACACCACAGCCCUCACACCGCCUUUUCACACCACAGCCCUCACACCGCCUUCACACCACAGCCCUCACACCACCUUCACACCACAGCCCUCACACCACCUUCACACCACAGCCCUCACACCACCUUUACACCACAGCCCUCACACCGCCUUCACACCACAGCCCUCACACCGCCUUCACACCACAACCCUCACACCACCUUUACACCACAGCCCUCACACCACCUUCACACCACAGCCCUCACACCACAGCCCUCACACCACCUUCACACCACAGCCCUCACACCACAGCCCUCACACCACCUUCACACCACAGCCCUCACACCUCCUUCACACCUUCACACCACAGCCCUCACACCACCUUCACACCUUCACACCACAGACCUCACACCACCUUCACACCACAGCCCUCACACCACAGCCCUCACACCACCUUCACACCACAGCCCUCACACCUCCUUCACACCACAGCCCUCACUCACACUGCCUUCACACCACAGCCCUCACACCACCUUCACACCACAGCCCUCACACCGCCUUUACACCACAGCCUUCACACCGCCUUCACACCACAGCUUUCACACCAUAGCCCUCACACCACCUUCACACCACAGCCCUCACACCGCCUUCACACCACAGCCUUCACACCACAGCCCUCACACCACCUUCACACCACAGCCCUCACACCACCUUCACACCACAGCCCUCACACCGCCUUCACACCACAGCCCUCACACCGCCUUCACACCACAGCCUUCACACCACAGCCCUCACACCACCUUCACACCACAGCCCUCACACCACCUUCACACCACAGCCCUCACACCGCCUUCACACCACAGCCUUCACACCACCUUCACACCACAGCUUUCACACCACAGCCCUCACACCGCCUUCACACCAUAGUCCUCUCCAUCUUCCAAAAGUGGCCAGUUUAG